AUUUUAACCAAGCAUUGAGCUUCUAGGAGAUGUUCAAAUUCAUCGAUGGUGCAAUCUAAUUGGUGCAGUCCAAUUUUUAAUUAUUAACUAUUAAUGCAGGUCUGUUCUGACGUUAAACGUCAUGAGACCUCCUAUCAGUUUAGAGGUUAGGAAGGUGUGGAUAAGAGCAAAUGUCAGCAAAUGUAUUACCUUUCCAUAUCAGAGAAUAUGUAAACUUUGUUAUAUGAACAUGUAAGAAAUAGUGUAUAAUUUUUGUACAUUUUUACAAUAUGGAUCCACUAUCAAUGCCACUAGUAGGCCUCACCGAUGCAACUAUGAGGUUAAUGUCCACUUUGUUGAAUCCUCUGAAAAUCAUCCCAACCGAAGAUGGUUUUCCAAGGGAUUGGAGAGGUCUUGCGCAUUUAUUGAAUUUGGAUGGCGAAAUAAUGCCGUCUAUCAUGUCGGAACCUGAUCCGACAGGGCAUAUUCUUUCCAUUAUGCGGAAGGAUUUUAAAUCAUUUAUGGUCAAAGACCUUAGGACAAUGCUGGAGACAUUAGACCGGUGGGAUGUAGUUGACGAUACUGAAGAUCUGAUUGAAAAAGAUGCCGAAGUGUAUGCACACGAGUUGGAAAAGUCCAAGACUUCGGCAGAGAUCAUUCAGCCUAGUAUUGACAGACAAAUGCUAACAAUAGAUGAUCUGUACAGAUUUAGACAAGGUCUAGAUGAACAAUAUUAUGAUGCAUUCCUUUUGUAUGCAGAUGAAGACUUGGACUUUGCUAAACAGAUGAUAGAAAAAUUAGAAAAAGAAUAUGGUCUAAAGUUAUGUAUCAAAGAUAGAGAUCUCGUAGGUGGAAUUACAUUUGAACAUGAAGCUGUUAUGCAGUUAAUAUCAGAACGGUGUAAUCGGUUAAUAGUUAUCAUUUCACCCAAUUUUGUGAAAAGUCCUGCUAACAAAUUCUUUUUAAACUAUGCCCAAGCACUAGGAAUAGAUAAACGUCAAAGGAAAGUGAUACCGUGUUUAUAUCAGAAAUGUCAGUUGCCACCACAGUUGAGUUAUACUUUCAUUUUGGAUUAUAGUAGAAUCGGACUAUAUGACUUUUGGGGUAGACUACGUGAUUCCGUAAUGACCCCAACUGCUGCAGAUGGUUGUCGGAAAGGGCACAUCACUGCCGAAUCCCAAGGUUUGCAGUUCCAAACUGCACAAGUUGUUGAAAAUUCUCAAGACAUUACAGCCAAGGAAGAAAAUAAAUUAAAUGCUACUCUUGAUGAAUCGAGAACUUUUAUUACAAAGAAUGCCGAUGAUAUUAAAAAACCAGAAAACAAUAUAAAAUCAAGUGAUUCUUCUAAACCAACCCGCAUUCAAGAAGCCCCUGAUUUGUCGGAGCUUCUGAAUUCUACGUCUGACCCAUCGGACAAGAAACUGUCGACAAGUUCAGGAUCGUUACUCCAAUCGUUACGAGCGAAAGUUCAAGUUCCUAAACUAAAGAACAUUUCCUCUGCAUUUAAGCACAAAUCUAAACGAACAAAAAUUAAACUUGAAAAUUAAGAACAGAUUUAUAAAAGAAAAGUCUCCAUUUCCUUAUGUAUUAUGUAUUCCCUCUACAAUAUAGAUAAAUGACAUUGAUAUUUUUAUACGCGAGAAAGUUACCUGUACGUACUUGUACAUAAUUUGUUAUGAACUUGAGUAUUUUUGCUAUCGUUGACAGUAUCUCUGUAUCUAACAAUUUAUUCACGUUGUUACCAAAUUAUACUCUAUUUAUUAAGAUUUUAAAAAA